AUGGCCCUUAAAAUAAAGAAAUUACAAUUAAACUCAAGUAACUUGACAAAAAACAUUGUGCGUGAAAUAAUUCGCGAAUUAGACGAUCAAAAUGUCAAAGGCAUUGAAAAAUCUUUCGUCGAAUAUGUCGUUGACUUGUUAUCGCUCAACAACAGCGUUGACUUUUCCAAAUCCGUAAUUAAUCGAAAUUUAAUUGAAGAGUUCAUCGACCGUUGCAUUGCGAAAAUUUGCGAUCAAUCAGCGCCCUCUACAGUUGCUUUGAAGAUGCAAGCGUACUUUUUCGAAAAUUUCAUAGAACGCGAUGAAAUAAUUGGAAACUACAUGAAACAAAUGAUGGCGAAAACAGCAACAAUCACGAAGGAAAUCACCGAGGCAGAAGUUGUAUCGCGCGAUGAUCAAGACGAGUUGAUAAAAAAAAUCAUCAUCGAUAUUAUCACAAAGAGUUCCCUUGGAAAUCCGAAUGAUUCGUUAAUAUUGACGGAAACUUCUAAUGCUUUGCAUUCUGUGAUGUCUCGAGUGGAUAUUGAAAAUUUCAUUGCACUGAACAAGAAUGACAGAGUCAAUUCUCUUGUAGAAAUUCGUGAAAUUGUAACAGGGAUCAUUUUGUUUAAUCAAGAUGCGGGAAAUUCAUCAAUUACUUUAAUGGAGUUACCUCAAAUCCUCGAACAAUCUUACGAAUCCACAAAAUCAAUCCUUCAAAUAACUUUAUGUGAAAUUUUGGAUCGAAUCAAUCUCCUCACGAGCGCUAUAAGUUCCGCCAUUUCCAACGACUUCAAAAAUCGUCAAAUAAUCGUUUUACUUCCGCAAAAUGUCACUGCAGAAGACUUUGAAACAGUAAAAAAUUCCCUCAUCAUGAAUCGCCAACACGAAAUUUUUACCCGCAAAUUGAGUGAGUUCUUGGAAAAUGUCAAACUGGAUAUCGACAAAAACAACCAUCGAUAUAACGAGACCCUGAAAUUGAUUCAUGAAACGGUGCAAUUUCGAACAGCAAUUCCAACGGAAAAAGUUUUUCCUAAAUUCGCUGAGUUAAGUAAAUGUUGGAGUCGAUUGCAGAAUAAUAUUUAUUUGUUGUCCGAAAUAAAUCAAAUUAACAAUCAACUGUUGCAAUUAAGUGAGAAAGCUGUUUGUUGCGAUGAGAUAGCUUAUAAACUAUUAGGAGAUAGUGUCAUUGAAACCGACGAAGAACGAUCCGCUCGUUACAAAGACAAAAAAAUUUCACUCUUGGGCGAUAAUUGCUCCGUUCAACCGUACAACAAAAAAAUGAAACUCGAAUAUUACGGAUUUUGUACCUGGAUGUUGUCCCAAGGUCGAGGCAUUUUAAUCCCAGGACUUCCCGAAACGGGAAUAAUUGUUUAUCGCAAUGCAAAUUACGCCUUUAGUUCACCCGAAGUAGCUCUGAUGUUCGAAGAUACGCCCGAAAAAUUAAUGUACAAAAUAAUCGAAACAGCCAAAAAUCGAAUUGAACUUAUUCGCUUGUUAGACAUUUACGAUCAAAUGAAGAGUUUCGAAGUUUGUAGCUCCAAAGUUGACGAGGGAAGUUGUGAGUUGGUUAAACAAACAAACGAUCAAGAAGUUCAAACGGAGCUUCAUCCGAUCCCGUAUCACAAAGAUGAGCGAUAUAUGUGGAAUAUUUGGGAUAUUCGUAAAAAAGCGAUUCAGUUGGCGAAUUUGAGGAAAUGUGCAACGACAUCAGCGCAAACAAUGUUGUCGUAUCAGAAAUAUAACGUGAAUGUGCAAACGAAUCGGCAGAAAAACAGUGCAAAGUCACAAACAAGUACGGAAUCGUAUACACAAAAGUCGGGGUUUUCUUUCGAAGAUGAUCUUAGUUCGUGUUUGGAAGUUACAAAAUUGCAAUAG